GUACUCCUCCAUUAGGAGUGAGGGGAUACUGCUGUACUGCAAUAAAUAAUCAAUUGUAUUAUUUCGGGGGCUAUUGUGGCCAUGACGACUGCCUUCACAACAGUAUUACACAACUGGAUACCGUUAGUCUUCAGUGGAGAGAAUUAGAACCAACUGAUCCCCGUGGACCAGUUAUGAGGAGAUGUGAUGGUGGAAUGAUAUCAUUUGAACAUGAUGGAGUACACCAUUUACUAAUGAUAGGAGGAUAUGGAUCUGAGCCAGCUAAACAACUAUCUGGUUAUAAAUAUAUUGAGUUAGGUUUACCUAGUGGAAACUGGCGUACUAAUGAGCACUCGAUAUAUAAUCUAUCUUCAGGAAAAUGGAGCAAUCCUUCAAUCAUUGGUCAAUGCAUGCUACCUGCCGAUGGCUUCAUCAUUGAAAAAAUCAACAACACUAGAGCUGUUCUGUUUGGUGGAGCAGUGACUAAUGAUGAUGCUAAGACCACUUUCACUAACAAUAUUUAUAUAAUAGAGAUAUCAAUCAGCACUGUGACCUGGCAGGGUAUAAAGAAACCUGAAGCAAUAUGCCAAUGGCCUGCGAGUAGAUGGCUUCAUGCAGGUGCUAUUAUUAUAACUGGAUCAGACUGUCCUAUGCUAGUGAUAAGUGGUGGGUUGGAUAAGAAUGGUGAUACAUUGGAUGAUUAUUGGAUAUUUAAUAUCACUCAACAUUGCUGGAUAAAGUUGGAUGUACCGGCUGACUCUGUUAGUAAAAGAGAUAGUCAUUCUCUUUCAGUGCUCAUUCCUAGGCCUUAUUGUGUUUUGAUAACUGUUGGAGGAUGUGUUGAUAAAAAUGGAACAUAUGCUAACAUUGCCACGUUAACUAAACUUGUUGCUAACAGUAAAGAAGAGUGGACAGUAGGCGAUACAUUAGAUACCAACGGCAUGAAUAAUGAAGAAUACAAGAAGAAGCAGCAACUACAGACAGGAAGAAUAUGGUUGGAGGAGUACCAGAAACCAAGAAAAGAAGAUACAGCCAAUAUUGAGCAAACCGUACAAGCUCUUAUCCAAAGUCUUGAAGAGAAGGAGAGAAAAUUGCAAGAAAAGGAGAGAGAAGCACAAGUUUAUCAUCAACAAUUGAAGCAGAAGGAAAGAGAAGAAGCAGAGAAAGAGCAAGAAAUAAGAAGAUAUCGUCAUGAGCUACAAGAGAAGAAUAGAGAAGAGGAAGAGAGAGAGGAGAGAUAUCAUAACCAGUUACAAGAGAAGGAUAGGGAGCUACAGGAGAAAAAUAUUGCAAUAUAUAAGAAGGAUAGGGAGCUACGUCAGUCUCAAGAGGCAGUUCGUAGGUACCAGCAACAAGAGCUUAGUGAUGAUCACUGGGUUAUUGAUAAAGAUGAGGUGACUUUGACAAUGGAGGAGUUAGGAAGAGGAUCUUAUGCUGUCGUUACAGUUGGUAUUUUUAGAGGUUUAAGAGUAGCCGUCAAGUCACUUCAUAAUAUCAUCAUCUCAGAUGUCAAUUUAGCUCUCUUCUCCAGAGAAAUGAGUAUAGCAUCACAAGUACGUCAUCCUAACCUGGUCCAGUUUAUUGGUGCAACUAAAGUGGGUAAUCCCCUCAUCUUGACUGAGCUGAUGAGCACUAGUCUUAAUCAGGAGAUUUGCAGAAACCAAUUAACCAAUGAACAGAUUCUGAGUAUUGCUCAAGAUGUAGCUUUAGGCCUCAACUACCUUCACCUGUUUAAGCCUCAGCCUAUUAUUCACAGAGAUGUGAGCAGUCCUAACGUAUUAUUAAAGCCUUGCACUGGACCUGCUGGUUAUGAAGCUAAAGUAGCAGAUUAUGGUACAGCCAAAGUAGUGCAAGCUGAAGGUACUGGUACUGUUAUGCCAGGCACUGCUGCAUAUGCUGCACCAGAAGCUCCUAUUCCUGAUCAACACAGUCCAGCAAUGGAUGUGUACAGUUAUUCUGUUCUCCUUAUGGAAAUGAAUUUGCGCUCUAAAUUGGAAAUGACAACAUCUGAUAGAGAAGUACAAGCUGGUAGUGUCUCCUGGUCUGAUAUGAAGUCUCUCAUACAAAGAGGACUUAAUGUUGAUCCUAGAGCUCGUCCUACUAUGACUCAAGUAAUAGAGUCAUUGGAAAAGAUGAACAUUUGA